CUUCACCGACGUUGCAGUGCCCCAUUUAAUUAGCUGCAACUAUCAGAGUGGUCUCUUAGAAGACUGCGGCCACUGUGAAUUCAUGCUUGACUGUAGUGGAGGAUUAGCAGAGCUGAACAUAUCCACUACUUGCCAGAUCGGAUUAUAUGGACAAUCUAUGUUCUCCCCAGAUCCUCGAAAUGCAACAUUCAACCUAGCUAAGCUUUCACCUCCUACGUAUGGCGGUAGUAACGUAGUUACUUGGGAGAGCUUGGUUGUAGGGCUGAUAGAAACGAUGGAAGUUACUAUUAUUCCCGCGUCUGGACCGUAUCUAAACAAACUACGAAACACUUCAACUCAAGAUAAUCUAAAAGAGGCUCUUAAGGAUGGUUUUGAGGUUAAUCUUAACCAAGAAUGUUCGAUCAUGGAAUCUGAUGGUGCUUGCGGAUAUAAUCAAAGCUCAGACCUUUCUACUAGAGCAAAAGCAGGUGUUGAAACUUGGAUUGGAAUCUCUCACGAUUUGCAGAUUAAGCUUGUGGAAUAUGGAAAGCGAAAGCAAAUCAACGACACACGAACUGUUCACCCAGAGUUCACAAAGAUGGCUCUGGGGAGAGAUCUGUCUCCCUCAACUGCAUUCACUAGAUCACAAAUACAUAUUACAACUCAGGCGAUUAAGUCCAAUUACAGAAAACAGAUAAAAGAUCACGGAACCAAGAAGGACCUGGCUGGAUCCGGUAACGCUUGCGGAGGAUCAAAUGACGACUCCUCAAUUCUCCGAAUGAAGACGAUGACUUCAUUAACCAGAUUUGCGGAUAAUGGGUCGAACAAAGCAACACGGCCCAAGAGGAAGAGAUUGGCA